ACGGGAUUGAAUUUCUUCUUUCGCCCAACGUAACGUAGUUAUUUCAGUUACGCUAGCUGACCCAUACGGUAUCCAUCAAAUGUUAAAGCUAACGCCAGUCGCACACAGCUGCAGUGGCCUGCUUGCUAACGUUACUCUUUCAGCAAAGGCCCGCUUGUUUCAGCAGGGUUGUCGCUGGAAAACAGUUUGCAGCCAGAUCUAAGCGUUAGACGAUAAGUAGACCAGUUGUCCUGUAGCUGAAGAUCACAUCCAUCUGGAACAGUAACAUUAGUUAACAGUUCCUUGAUCAAACGUGUGUCCUCAACACUAAACCAUGGGAGCUGAUAAAAGGCUCAGUCGGGGUGAACGCAGUGGAAGAUAUGGUUCGGAUGGGAGGAGAGAUGAUCCAGAAUGGCAUGAAAGACGAGGUAGAGACGUGGAGAGGGUUUAUGAUCGACGAUGGGGUGAUGAUAGACGGCGAGAGCACAGAGACAGUCCAGAGAGGGGCCGAAAACGACACAAUAGUGACAGAUCAGAAGAUGAAUAUGAUGGGGAUUAUCCAGACCAGCACUACAAAAUGGAGCAGCAGGAGGAGAGCAAGACCAUUAUCCUGAGGGGUCUCCCUCUUCAUGUCAUAGAGGAUGAUAUCUGCUCAGCGCUCGAGCAGCUCCAGGGGCCCCACCCUAUGGAAAUUCGCUUGAUGAGGAAAAGGAGAGGUAUAAGCCGAGGUUUCGCCGUCAUGGAGUUUUAUCGCUUGCAAGAUUCUACCCGAUGGAUGGAGACCAAUCAGAACAAGUUGGUGAUCGAGGGGAAAAGCAUUGCUCUGCACUACAGGAGACAGAACUUUGAAAAAUGGCUUUGCACUGCAUGUGGUGUGUUAAGUUUCCGAAAUAAGUGUUUCAGGUGUGGAGCAGCCAAAGUUGAUCGGGAGUCACUGGGACUAAAUGGUUUAAAGUCUCAACAGCAAGAAGAAUACAAUGGAGACACAAUAAUUUUGAGAAACAUUGCCCCUCUUUCAACUGUUGAUGGAAUUUUGAACAUACUGGCCCCCUAUGCCAACCUGUCAGCAGGCAACAUCCGCCUCAUCAAGGACAAGCAAACGGGAAAGAAUAGAGGCUUUGCCUUUGUUCAGCUCUCAUCUCCCUUGGAGGCUUCUCAGCUGCUCACUGUUCUCCAAUGCCUUCAGCCACCUCUAAAACUGGAUGGAAAAACAAUUGGUAUGGAUUAUGCCAAGAGUGCUAGGAAAGACUCAGCGCAGCCUGAUGGGAUCAGAGCCAGUGCUCUCUCUGUUGCCAGCACAGCCAUUGCUGCUGCUCAGUGGUCAUCCAGCCAGUUACAGCACGAUUCAGGUACCACCUCUGACUACAUUGCUCUUCCAGAGGGCUAUGCACAGCAUACACAGGGACAGAAUUACCAACUAUGGCAGCAGCCUGAAAGAUUGGCUCCUGUCAUUGGAGAUGGGUUACUCGGAGCUGCUCCAGAAAUGAAGACAUUGAUCCCUGCAGCCGCAGGUGUUGUCAUAUCCCAGAUGGCUCAACUUUACCAGCCUGUCAUUAUCAGCCAGCCUGCCAUACAGUCACAUCAAUUAUUGAGGCCUGUUGAUGCAGCACAUCAGACUGCUAGUGUUUGCACUGCAUCACUGGUAACACCAGCAGCUUCCACUGCUGCAGCUACUGUCUGCGCUGCCCCGACUGCUAACACAACAGCUGCCCCUGACACCUCCACAUACCAGUAUGAUGAGGCUUCAGGUUACUAUUACGAUCCACACACCGGCCUGUACUAUGAUCCUAGCAGCCAAUACUACUAUAACUCAGAGACUCAGCAGUACCUUUAUUGGGACAGUGAGAAGCAGACAUACAUCCCUGCACCUGCUGAAUCAGACACAAGCACAGAGCAAGUGUCCAAAGAGCCCAGAGAGAAAAAAGACAAGGCCAAAACCAAGUCUGCACAACAGAUCGCAAAGGACAUGGCGCGCUGGGCAAAAAGCUUCAAUAAGCAAAAAGAAAGUUUUAAGAGUGGUUUCCAAGGCUUAGGACCGUCCAAGGAGGAAGACAGGAAAGAGUCUGCAGCUGCUGACGCAGGUUUCUUUCUCUUUGAGAAAAAGAAAAUUGGAGGCUUUGACUUGCCGUCCCUCAUGACCGAACAGUUCAAGGUCACAGAGCAGGACGCUUCAGCUAAGAGUGGUCUGCUUGCUGCUUACAACGGAGACAUUGACACAGAGGAGGGCGGCUCAGAUAGAGCAGCGUAUGAAGAGGGAAAAAUAACAGACUGGAAGAAAAUGGUUUGUCUGCUGUGUCGACGGCAGUUCCCCACCAAAGAGGCUCUGCUGCGUCACCAGCAGCUCUCUGACCUCCACAAGCAAAACUUAGAAAUUCAGAGAAGAUCAAAACUCACAGAAAUUGAGCUGGAGGAGCUGGAGAGGAAAGAAAUCGAGCUGAAAUACAGAGACCGAGCUGCAGAGAGAAGGGAGAAGUAUGGUGUUCCUGAUCCUCCUUCACCUAAGAAGAAAUUCUAUCAACCGAUAGAAAACUAUGAGCAGCCCACCAAAGACGGCCUAACAACUGAUAAUAUCGGGAACAAAAUGUUGCAAGCGAUGGGCUGGCAGGAAGGUAGAGGUCUGGGGCGCCACCAACAGGGCAUCACCACUCCCAUCUCGGCCUCAUUAAGGACCAAGGGCACAGGCUUGGGUAUUAAAGGAAGCUCAUAUGAACUCUCAGCAUCUGACACCUACAAGGAUGCUGUUCGGAAGGCCAUGUUCUCACGCUUCACAGAGAUAGAGUGAACUGGAGAGAGGGAAAGUUAUCAUACUGAACUGGGAAUAUUAAUUUUGUGCCCAAAUGAUCCUACUGUGACAAUUAUCCCCCUGUACGGACUUAAACUGUAAUUUCUAUCUUCACUAUGUGUAUAUAAAAUGUAGUUUUGUUUUAUAUAUUGCUAGAUAUUUUGUCAUUCAAAAUGUUUUCAGUUGAAUGAACAUGUAAAUAUAGUGUUUGUACAUAAAAUUAUGUGGACCUGUUGAGGUUUUGUUUCUGUGAAAAUCUAAAGAACUAAUGUGGCAAUUAAACCCGACCUUUGUACUCAA